AUGAGCUUCAACUGCAAAGGGUUGAAACGUUCUUUGGAAGGUGUAAGAUCGCUAUGCAACAGGGGAGACAUAGUUGCGCUUCAAGAAACCUGGCUGUUGCCUCAUGAUAUUCCCUUGUUGGGGACAAUAAGUGACGAUUUCUCGUACACUGGGAAGUCUGCGGUGGAUACAUCAGUCGGCAUACUAAGAGGUAGACCUUACGGCGGUGUAGCUAUUCUAUGGCGAAAAAACGCUUUUUCAUCUGUUACUUUUCUGGAUUGCGAUAAUGACCGCUUAAUCGCCUGUAAGUUUAUGAUAAACAGUGAGUGCUCAGUGUUAAUAAUCUGUGUAUAUAUGCCUACGGAAUCAACUGAAAAUCUAAUUGAAUUCACGCAGUGCUUAAGUGAAAUAUAUGCAAUUAUAGAUGGUAGUGAGACAGAGUCAGUUAUUAUAUUGGGUGAUUUUAACGCCCACCCGGGAGGUCUGUUUUAUAAGGAACUUAUGGAUUUCAGUGAGGAACAGCAGUGGAGAUGCGCUGAUAUUGAGCAUCUGGGCUUAAAUUCAGGUACUUACACCUUUAUCAGUGAUAGUCAUGGUUGUUUUCGUUGGCUUGAUCAUUGCAUUACUACAAAAUUAAACAGUAAUAUUAUAGUUAAAGUAAAUAUUCAGUAUGAUGUAUUUUGGUCGGAUCAUUUUCCUAUGGAAAUUGAAUGUAAUUUUAGUUUAGUUAGAUAUAAGACAAAAUUAAAGAUGCAUACUCCUAAUAAAAUAAUUUGGGGUGACAGAACACUCAACAAAUUGACAAUUACCGUAUUGCAUGUAAUAAUAGCUUAA